CCGGCGUAGGCGCGGUGCGGAGCCGCAGCUGCCUGCCCGCCUUCACCCAUGGCCGACAUGGAGUUCUUCGGCGCCCAGCAGCCGCAGCAGCCGCCCGCCGGGAACGGCAUGCCCGACGGUGGCGAGGAGGAUCCCGCCGCAGCUUUCCUGGCGCAGCAGGAGAACGAGAUCGCGGGCAUCGAGAACGACGAGGGCUACGGCAUCCUGGAGAACGGCGAGGUGCCCGAGGCGCUGCAGGAUCCCGAGGGCCUCGGCAUGGAUGCCGUUGCUGGAGUGGUUAACGGGGAUGUCUAUCAGGAGAGUAAUGGUCCCACAGACUGCUAUGCUGCCAUCUCCCAAGUAGAUCGACUGCAGUCAGAACCAGAAAGUAUUCGUAAGUGGAGAGAGGAGCAAAAGGAGCGCUUGGAGCAACUUGAUGCAAACUCACGAAAGCAGGAAGCAGAAUGGAAAGAGAAAGCAAUAAAAGAAUUGGAAGAGUGGUAUGCAAGGCAAGAUGAAAAGCUCGAGAAAACAAAAGCCAGUAACAGGGUGGCAGAUGAAGCUUUCUACAAACAACCCUUCGCUGACGUGAUUGGUUAUGUCACAAACAUAAAUCAUCCUUGCUACAGCCUAGAACAGGCAGCUGAAGAAGCCUUUGUGAAUGAUGCAGAAGAAGUUUUUCCGGGCACUGAGUGGGAACGUGUGGCUCAGCUCUGUGACUUUAAUCCCAAGUCUAGUAAGCAGGCAAAAGAUGUGUCCCGCAUGCGUUCAGUCCUCAUCUCGCUCAAGCAGGCUCCACUGGUUCGCUGAAACAAAGGUCGAUGGAGACACUACAAAUGCAAUAUCUUAACCUUACUCAGAGAAGCUAUGUUUGCAGUAAUUUGAUUAAUUGUUUCAAUGUGUAUUUUUGGACCACAUCAUGAUGUAUCUAGAGCUGAUCAUCGUUUGAUUGCAUGUUCUUCCUGAUGUUUCCUUUCUGUGUCUGAAAUGGGAGAACCUCCAAAACUGUAGUCUCUGUGCUGUUGUGCACUGAGGUGUCACUUCCUACAUUACUGAUAUUAAAGAUCUGUUAAACAGCAAAA